AUGUGGACGCCAUGUCUGGCGUUCAUUCCUCUGAUCGCCGCGAUGCGAGUCGAUCCAGAAAGAAUCGCAGCGCGAUUGAGGAUAGAGCAAGAAAUCGAGAACGAUCGCGGUAUUACACGAACUGAUCGAGGGCGUCGACAAUUGCAACCGAAAGAAAUUAGCAUACAGGUCACUGCUCCCCUCUUCUCUUCACGGUUGUUCGAAUAUGGUAAAGAAGCUGAAGAUAACGAGGUCCCUCAAGCCCUAGAUGUGGGGAAGAAGGUCCAGUUAACAAAUCCACUCAAUUACUAUGGCCAAGAUUACAAUACUCUCUAUGUCCUCUCAAACGGAGCCAUUGGCUUCGAGCCAAAUGCCCGAACCUACAAGGCUGGAUUGUUCCCAAGUGGAGCACGACUUAUUGCUCCGUUUUGGAAUCGAAACGAUUUGCGAAAAGGCGGACAUGUGUACUAUAGAGAAGUCACUAAGGGUCGAGUUUUGGAACGGGGCCAAAGCGAGAUUCGCUAUCAAUAUGAUCGAGCCGUACAUGUCAAAUCUGCAGUUAUUGUUACAUGGGAGAAAAUGCAACCUUUGGAGGGAGCUGCAGCACUUCCGGAAGAGAAUACCAACACCUUCCAAGCCGCUCUCUUCGUGACCGAUAAUGGAACCUAUGCUAACUUUAUCUACAGUAAUAUUGGUUGGACCCAAGGAGCUGAGGCUGGUUUCAAUCGUGGUGACAAUUCCGAACAUUAUGCAAUGCCAACAUCUGGCACAGGAAACAUUAUGUACCUGGAGGAAUACGGUAAUACUGGAAUUCCCGGAGAGUGGAUGUUUGAGCUGGGCGAAAAACGAGUGAUUCGUUGCAAGCAAGGAAUCAAGGGCGAUACAUGUGAUGAAGAAUGCGCAGCCGGCGAAUGGGGAGCUGAUUGUGCCCUAUGCUGCCACUGUGGGGAAGGCACCUGUCAUCCGCUUACUGGAGAAUGUCCCAAAGGGUGUGGGGAGUGCUGGUUGGGAGCAAAUUGUCAGACAAAGAAGGAGAACUGUCAUGCUAGGGCGUCGGCCCAAUGUGCACCCAAUGCCGUUUCCUUUACUGACUAUGACCGAUGUGGGGAACCCCUGCAAAGGUGUCAGUGUUUAUCAGGAUUUACUGGGGAUGGAUAUAAGACUUGUCAUGACAUCGACGAAUGCCGCGAACAAGUGUGUCACAAGAAUGCCGUUUGUACAAACACACCCGGAAGGUACUUCUGCCAGUGUGGAGAGGGCUUCUCAGGUGAUGGAGUUACGGAAUGUGUCGCUUCGUUCUUAUUCCCAUCCGAUGGACAUCAACCAUUGCCGAAGAGCAAGACAUCAUCAAAGGUCCUAUGGCAGCUAAAGUCGCCAAUGAAGCUGUUUGGCAGUGUCUACGACAAGAUUACGAUCACAACAUCUGGCCUCCUGUCCUUGACUGACAUAGCUAAAGCAUCAGGCGAUAAACUUGAAGAAAUGAAAAUGACUGGAGUGGCUCCGUUCUUUGCGCCCAUCGAUACUAGCAGAGGAGGACACGUAACAGUGGCCGAAGUCGCCGAUACCGAAACCCUUACCCGAGUGACUAGAAGCGUAAGGGAUAACUACGAUGAGCCAAAUUUCCAAGCCAAGAGCGUUCUUGUUGUAACGUUCAUGAAUGUGACUGAUGGAAAGGUCCAGAAAGGCAACACCUUCCAAACGCUUCUCAUCGGCGGUGUGAAUGACAAACAAGAAAAGAUGACUUUUGCUGAGUUGCUUUAUAAAGACAUGCAAUGGGGUGAUGGAGCUGAGGCUGGAAUAAUGACAAACGAUGUCUCGUCCUCGGUCACACUGCCUGGUUCUGGUACCCAAGGUAUCGAACAACUUACCCAGCUAAGUAACGUAGGGCAACCAGGAGUAUGGUUGUUCAGAAUUGAUGAACCUUCAAUCCAACCAUGUCCAUUAGCUGGGCAACUACCACCAUUCUGCUCAAAGAAAACUCGUCCAAUUGAUAGAAUUGUACCAUCACGAACUAGUACCAGUUUGAGGCCCCGUCCACCUGCUCCACCCACUAUUUCUCACAACAUCGAUCCACCUCGACCAGAAAACAUUCCGCCUGGUGCAAUUGCGGUCGGAGGACCACGUACCAUACAGCCGCAGCUCGAACCAAUCAGACAUCCUGCAACGACAAGCCCAAGACAUGAGAUUUCGGUCACUACACCUUCAGUAUUUGCAGAAAGAACGAGGACAACUCGUCCUCGUCCUCGUUAUGAGAGCACAUCGCAUCGGCCCAUCGUCUCCCUUGUCGACAAAGAUUUUGAAGACAUUGGACCAGAUGUCUUCGAAAUUACCGUACCACCUUUCAUUACUGUCAUACCCGAGAUUUUCAACUCUAAACCAAAACAACUUCCUGACUUUACCCUGCAGGGACCCCCAUCCACCACAACCCGCCGCCCAUCCACGGUUGAGCCCACAUUCCCUACUUUCAAAUUGUCUGAUGCUCAUGAAAAGCUGAUUACCGUACAGCCCAUUCAAGCUGCACCUGAAAAUGGAACCAAAGCCCCAAUUGUGCCUCAAGUAUCUGUGUUGACAUCGGCAUCAAAAGAAGAUGUGUCCGAGACUCCUGUGGAAGUUGGAACGACGCCAAGUGUCAGUAAUGAGUCCACUAUGGAAGAAACCAUAGAAAGCAGCACAGAAGCUAAGGAACCCGAAGUGCCAACGACCGAGAAGGUGAUUACUGUAAAGCAAACCGUAACUCCAUCGACAACAACUGCACAGAUCUUCGUCUUCACAACCACUACAAAGGCGAUAACAAGACCACCCCUACAAAAGCGGCCGUAUAUUGUUACGGCUGGGACGACUACGGUACCACCAGACGAUGAUCGUGAAGCUGCUGCCAGCAAAAUGGCCAUCAUUAUACCUAGUGUUAUCGUUGUGGUAUGGAUUUUGCUACUUAUAGCAAUCGCAUUGUUUGUUUGCUGUAAGAGGAGAUCCUCCUCAGCGCAUUUACGACCGUAUGGCCCAGUGUAUUCAGUACAGCCUACAGCUUAUGCUAUAAAACGUAACGGAAAAUCAAUGGAUGGUUCUUACGAGGAUCAAAUGGAGAAAGCAGCUCGAAUGAGCAGCGAAAUGAAUGCUUACAAUCAGUCUGGGCGAUUAUCGUUAUAUGGGUCGUACUGGAAUUUGAAUAAUUCGCCUAACUCAAAUCCUUCCACGAAUCGUCAACAUUCACCCCAGUACAACGGGUACACUCCUUCGCGAUACUCCUAUACCGGCCGGUAUUAAUUGUUCACUUCUCCGCUCGUCAAUACAUUCGAUGCUACUUUAAGGACAUUUUGUUGUACAUCUUUGUUACGAGCCAUUUUUAUGACAUAUCUAGAGCUUUUUCUUUGUUUGAAGGUGUCUACAGUAAGCC